AGUAUAUAAGGAGGAAGGCUGGGCUCUGGAAAUCCAGAGGACAUCAGGAGAGACUGGAGUGUCAACUUAGUGCCAGGAAGGACCAGCUCAGUCAUCUCCAAACCUGGACACAGAGACUGCUUCAGAACUUUCACAAUUCAUAAUCAUUAGCCAUAUAUCCAGACAUUCACCCUUAUUGUCUGCAAAGCAUUGGCAAUGCCUGCCCAGCUGCAAAGACAGACAAGCAGCAUCCCCAAGGUCAUCCAAGGGGACCUGAAGAAUCUGGCACCAAGGGUGAGGGACUUCAUUGAAAGCAAUGCCCAGUUGUGCCAACCGGAGUUCAUCCACAUCUGCGAUGGCUCAGAGGCUGAAAACAAGAAGCUCUUGGAGCUCAUGGUAGAACAAGGCAUGAUUAAGAAGCUCAAGAAAUAUGAAAACUGCUGGUUGGCUCGCACGGAUCCAAGAGACGUGGCAAGAAUCGAAAGCAAAACUGUCAUUGUCACUCAGGAGCAGCGGGAUACCAUUCCGAUCCCCAAAAGUGGAGUCAGCCAGCUGGGACAUUGGAUGUCAGAAGAAGACUUUGAGAAAGCCUUCAGUGUCAGAUUCCCAGGCUGCAUGAGAGGGUGCACCAUGUAUGUCCUCCCAUUCAGCAUGGGGCCAAUCGGUUCUCCCUUAUCCAAAUUUGGGAUUGAGCUAACAGACUCUCCUUACGUGGUGGCAAGUAUGAGGAUCAUGACUCGGAUGGGAAGAUCUGUCCUAGAAGCCCUUGGCAACGGUGAAUUCGUAAAAUGCCUCCAUUCUGUUGGUUGCCCUUUGCCACUAAAACGGCCUCUGUUAAAUAACUGGCCAUGUAACCCAGAUCUGACUCUGAUUGCUCACAUCCCUGAGCACAGAGAGAUCAUUUCUUUUGGAAGUGGUUAUGGAGGAAAUUCUCUUCUGGGAAAGAAGUGUUUUGCUCUCAGGAUUGCCAGCAGGAUUGCCAAGGAAGAGGGCUGGCUUGCUGAGCACAUGCUGAUCUUGGGUAUUACAAAUCCAGAAGGUGAAAAGAAAUAUUUUGCCGCAGCGUUCCCAAGUGCAUGUGGAAAAACCAACCUGGCCAUGAUGAAUCCAACUCUGCCAGGGUGGAAAGUUGAGUGUGUCGGGGAUGAUAUUGCUUGGAUGAAAUUUGAUGAUGAAGGUAACUUAAGAGCAAUAAAUCCAGAGAACGGCUUUUUUGGGGUUGCUCCUGGAACAUCAGUGAAAACAAACCCCAAUGCUAUGAAGACAAUAGAGAAGAACACAAUCUUCACCAAUGUUGGGGAAACCAGUGACGGAGACAUAUAUUGGGAUGGCAUUGAUAAACACCUUGCACCAGGAGUGACAGUCACGUCAUGGAAAAACAAGGAAUGGACUUCCAAGAAUGGGGAACCAUGUGCUCACCCCAAUUCUCGAUUCUGUACUCCUGCCAACCAGUGCCCCAUUAUUGAUCCUGCCUGGGAGAAUCCGGAAGGUGUGCCGAUUGAGGGGAUCAUAUUUGGAGGACGGAGACCUGAAGGUGUGCCUCUGGUCUAUGAAGCUCUUAACUGGCAGCAUGGAGUAUUCAUAGGUGCUACAAUGAGAUCAGAAGCAACAGCUGCAGCUGAACAUAAAGGCAAGGUUAUCAUGCAUGACCCUUUUGCCAUGAGACCUUUCUUCGGCUACAACUUUGGUCAGUAUCUUUCCCACUGGCUCAGCAUGGCACACCGACCGGGCGCAAAACUGCCAAAGAUCUUCCAUGUCAACUGGUUCCGGAAAGACAAGCAAGGGCGAUUUCUGUGGCCUGGCUAUGGGGAAAAUUCCCGAGUUCUGGAAUGGAUGUUCAACCGAAUCGGGGGUGAAGAUGGUGCUCGGCUCACUGCCAUUGGCUACGUCCCCAAUGACACGGGGUUGAACUUGAAAGGCUUAGAGGGCAUUGACCUGCAAGAACUGUGUGAUGUUUCCAAAGAUUUCUGGGAAAAGGAGGUAGAAGAAAUCAAAAAGUAUUUUGAAGAACAAGUGAACGCUGAUCUCCCUUAUGAGAUUGAAAGAGAGCUUCUUGCACUGGAACAAAGAAUAAAGCAACUAUAAAAGGAGCUAGGGCAGGAUAUUUAGAUGAUUAGUCUAAUGAAACAAACACUUUCUUUUCUGGGCAUCUUAUUUUGAGUGCCCAAAACACAAAGGCAAGCAGAGAGGUUAGGCCAGAACGAUCACUUCUGAAAGCUAAGUGAAGAAGCUGUUUUAAUGCUUAUCAGGCAUUACUUGAUAAGUGACAGAAGCAGUGGUUAUCAAAUUUAUCAGAGUUUUUUUUAAUUAAUUUGCUUCCACUGAUAAGUACAGCACUCGUGACAAGAAUGCUAUCCUAGGACAGAUGAAAUUAUCUUCUGUCAUCCAUCUAGGUUUUUCUUUUCUUUCUACCACAGGAAUUGUCUUUUUGCAUUCUUCCCUAAUGAUAUCUCUGGUUUCAAUCCACAGUUCUUCUGGUUCACAGUCAGUUACCUGAAUUAGUAAUACAAACAUGUUACUUUUUGUGGACUUCAAAUUCCUCAGAAAUUUUGUUUAAAUUAUAUUUUGGCACUAGGAUUCUUUUAGUGGUCUUCUCACAUUUACUCUAAUGUUUGAUGUUAACAGUUCAUGAUCAGUACCACAAUCUACUCCUGGUCUUGUUUCAGCAGAGAGAAUACAGCUUCUCCAUCCCCUGCUUCCAAUUACAUAAUCUGUUUGAUGGCCAUCUUUUAAUGUCCAUGUGUACAGUCAUCUGUUCAGUUGCUUGAAGCAUGUAUUUGUGAUAAAAAGAUUGUUG